AUGGGCACGGCUAAAGACGCUCCUGCGCCGCCUACCGGCGCGCCCACCGCCGCCCAGCACACGAUGACGCAGCCCAUGUUCGACGACUUUGGCCUGCCUAUAAAGCCAUUUCCAACGCCGACGCCCGACGAAGCCGAUGCGAGCAAGGCCACAGAAGAACAUCAGUCGAAACCGGCAGCCAAGGAACCAGAGUCGAAACCGAAAGCGAAAGUGAAACCCGAAGAGCCCGCCGCUUCUGGCGCAGCACAGGAAGCUCCCGCAAAGCAGGACCAAAGUGCCGCCACCAACGGCGAGGUCGAUCCUAAAAGCGCACCCAUUAAAACGGCCGAUACCGACAGCGAGAGUGACGAAGCCGAUUUCAAGGAUGCGCAGUCCAUCAUCGCGCCCGAGUCCGCCGCGACAUCGCCACAGAAGCGAGAUACGGUGAAGAAACAAGAGGCAGCAGAGGACAAGGAAGAUGCUUCGGACCCCAACGAAGCCAGACCAGAGCCCACGACGGAGAAACCAAGUCAAGGGGCCACGACGCCGGUUGUUACGCGGGCGCAAACGCCCAAGCAAACCGAAAAGGAAGAUCCCGUGAUCCUUACAGAUGCUGCCGACAAACCGCGACCGGAGCGAGAAUCUAUCGAAUCGCCAAAGGACGGAAAGAAGCACCGCCCACGCGCAUCGACUGGCGCCGCUAGACACGGUCGCAUGAGCCAGGACCUGCCCUCAGCUGCCUCGGCCGCCAACCCCAAAGUUGCGCACAACCGUGAUUCGAGUGUGGCCAGUAACAGUAUGGGCAUCUCGGAAUUCUCACACCAGCAGCUUUCGGUCCAGCCCGAGAACCAGGAAGAAGAUGAAGACGAAGGCUGGCAGGAAAUGCCAGCUUUCGCACCAUUCGACAUGUACAAUGACGACAAUAAGCUAAUCGCUCGCGAGAUGAGGGAGGAAGACGUGUUAGAUGACGGCUACGCAGGUCUAGGCGGCGCAGGCAAAGGCUACACUCGCGUAGUCAUGGAUGAAGAUGCUCAGUCUGCGACGAGCAUGGACGAGCACACACAAUAUCUGUUCAAAGACGCCAAUGCAGGUGGCACCAGCAUGAACGACGAAGACGCUCGGGACGCUGUAUCACAAAUGCAGGCCACCAAGGAUCUCCUGACCGAGGGACAGCGCAUUGCCUACGUCGGCCUCGUGCGCCUCGAAAUCGCUACUCUCGUUAGCGAGGCGGAAAAGGUGGAGGUGCCAAAGAGAAUCAAGAAGAUGGUCACCAUGUCAAUCGAGGCGACCAAGAUGUGGGGUCAAAAGAUGAUGAUGAGACUGUACGCCCAUAUGGAUAUCAGCGAAGCCGAACAGGUCAUGAUUGAGCAACUCGCCGAGCACGGUGUCCAGCCUGGCGACUUGACACCAACUUUGCUUGCCAACUCGCGCGUCAAGAAUCCCAUGGCCGACUCGAACCGAAGUUCUGUCAUCAGUUCAACCCCGUCAGACGAGCGGCCUGCAGAAGCCCCCCCGCCAUAUGAAGCGACCGAAUCUGAUCACGUACCCGACGUGCAGACACCUUCUCAGAUGCCCGACACUGAAAAAAUCGAUAUCGAUCUUCGAUGGACUGUGCUUUGCGACAUUUUCCUCGUCUUGAUUGCAGACUCCAUCUAUGAUGCACGCUCCCGGAUCCUGCUGGAGCGCGUGGCGCAAUCGCUCGAUAUUGCCUGGCUCGACAUUUGCCGUUUCGAGAAGCGAGUGACUGAUGCGCUGGAAAUGCAGCAGGCUGCGGAGAAGGAAAACUGGAAUGAGGAUGAGCACAUGGAGGAGCGCAGAAAGCAGGCUUUAAAGCGUCGAUACAUGAUGAUGGGUCUUGCUACUGUGGGUGGUGGUCUGGUCAUUGGUCUCUCGGCUGGUCUCCUGGCACCCGUCAUUGGUGCUGGCCUCGCUGCAGGCUUCACUACCAUUGGCGUCUCGGGCACUGGCAGUUUCCUCGCGGGUGCGGGAGGAGCCGCCAUUAUUACCUCGUCGGCCGCUGCGUCGGGCAGCAUUAUUGGAGGGCGCGCCGCCGGCCGACGAACAGGUGCCGUCAAGACGUUUGAAUACCGUCCGCUACACAACAAUAAGCGUGUCAACCUCGUUGUUACCGUGUCUGGCUGGCUGACGGGCAAAAUGGAUGACGUCCGUUUGCCAUACAGCACAGUCGACCCCGUCAUGGGCGAUCUCUACUCGGUGCUGUGGGAGCCGGAGAUGCUCCGCAGCAUGGGUGACACUAUCAAUAUUUUGGCCACCGAGGCGCUGACGCAAGGUCUGCAGCAGAUUCUGGGAAACACAAUCCUCAUGAGUUUGAUGGCUGCGCUGCAGCUGCCGCUGGUGCUAACCAAGCUGUCCUAUCUUAUUGACAACCCUUGGGCUGUUUCGCUGGACCGAGCAACCUCGGCAGGCCUCAUUCUGGCAGACUCCAUCAUUGAGCGUGGCUUGGGUACACGACCUAUCACAUUGGUAGGAUAUUCUCUCGGAUCGAGAGUCAUCUACUCGUGUCUGCAGGAGCUGGCUAAGAAAGGCGCCUACGGCCUUGUGCAAAACGUUUACAUCUUUGGCUCACCUGUCGUGGUGAAGAAGGAUGAAUACAUCAGGGCCCGCACCAUUGUAGCUGGCCGCUUCGUCAACGGAUACAACCGAAAUGACUGGAUUCUGGGCUAUCUGUUCCGACUGACGAAUGGUGGUAUCCGCAAGGUGGCCGGCCUUGGCCCGGUCGAGGACUGCCCGUGGAUUGAGAAUAUGGAUGUGACGGAGAUGGUGGCUGGCCACAUGGAGUAUCGUAAAGCGAUGCCGAUGCUGCUGAGAAAGUGCGGAUGGACGGUGACGAGUGACGAAUUUAGUGAAAUCGAAGACCCGGAUCCGGAAAACCACGGCGAGCGUCAGCGCGAGCUCAUUAACGAGAUUGAAGAGGCGCGCAAGGAGCUUGAAAAGGAAGAAAAGACCAGCAACAGCAAGUCAUCGCGCUUCAGCAUCUUUGGUCGCAAGAAGAAGACGGAUAGGGAAGAAUGGGAAGUCUAUGAGGAGACUGCCGCCGCCGAGGCCGCCAAGAAUGGCAACGGAGGUGCGGGCAAGGCCUCGUCCAACACGGGCGUACUCUUUGACAUUGAUGCUAUCCGCGCCGAGCUAGCCAACGAAGACAACUACAGGGAGCCAGACCCAGAGGUGCUGCAAAUCAAGGAGAUUAAGUCGACGCUUCCUCCGAUGAAGCUCGACAUACCGGCCACGAUGGCGCCGUCGUCCGGACCGGCAUCGGCGAAAUUGAGCCAGCUGCAAAACGCGAAUCCGCUGCGCGAGACGCAGAGCGCCGAGGCGCUGCCCAUCCGGCCAUCGACGCUCGGCGCCGGGGACCAUGCCGUGACACGCAAGGCCAGCUGGAACAAUGGCGUGGUCAACACGGCCGCGUAUCACGCGGAGCCUGACUUUGAUGAGGCGGAGAUUUCCAUGACCUUUGACACGUCCUUUCACGACGACGGCGGGUUGUCGACAGCCGACGAGGCGCUCACGCGGCCGGUGCUGACGACGGCGCGGACGCUGCCGGACAUGGCCCUGGCGGAUCCGUGGUCGGAGCCGCCGUCGCAGCAGGAUGAUGAUUUGGAUGACGAGGACUUUGGGCAGGAAAAGGAGAUUUCCAUGACGUUUGCAUAA